AUGAACCAGCUAAUAUACGCAAAUGUUAUAAUUGUGCUAGCUAUAGCCAAUGUGCAAAGUCUUGAUAAUGUGAGAUCUAAAAGGUUGGUCCAGGGUGAAAAUGCUAACCAAAAUUUAGCACCAUGGCAAGUUUUAUUCGUGCAACGUCGAUCCGAUGCCUGGCUAUUAUGUGGCGGUUCCCUAUUAAACAAGGAAUGGGUUCUAACUGCUGGCCACUGUUGCGAUGAGGCCAUUAUCAAAAGUAACUUGCAAAUUGCCAACUACAUAAAAUACGGGAACCUAAACCAUACUAUUAUGCCGUUUCAAUCGAAUAUUAGUCAGAUGAUUAUUCAUCCGCAAUAUGAGCGAGGUACGCACUCGCACAAUUUGUGCCUGUGCAAACUAGCAAUACCUGCUCGCGAGAGUAGCACGGUCAAAUUUGCUACACUGGCCACCAGCUACCCGCCAAGUGGUGCAAGGGCAAUUGUCACCGGUUGGGGCAAUACUAAUAGCACCGACAUGAAUUCUGGCCCAGAUAUGUUACUAUAUGCGCAGCAUAUCGUAAUUGAUCAAGCUAGAUGCGAGUAUGGUAUGCAACGUUAUGGCGGACAUAUCGAUGGUACAAACAUUUGCACACUACCAACCAAACAAAGUCUUGCCUGGGGCGAUUCCGGUAAUCCACUGGCUGUCAAUGGUCAAGUAGUGGGUGUGGCAUCUACAUACCCAUCAAGUGACCUAGCUGAAAAUAUUCCCAAUAGCUUGGAUUGA